AUGGAACCAGAGAACAAUACAAGAAUUUUAGAAUUUGUUCUAUUGGGCUUUUCAGAGGAUCCGGACCUGCAGCCUGUUGUGUAUGGCCUUUUCCUCUUCACGUACUUGAUUACUGUGCUGGGGAACCUGCUCAUCGUCCUGGCCAUCGUCUCAGACUCCCACCUGCACACCCCCAUGUACUUCUUCCUCUCCCACCUGUCCUUUGUGGAUGUCUGCUUCACCUCCACCACAGUCCCAAAGAUGCUGGUGAAUAUUCAGACGAAAAAAAGAGUCAUUAGCUAUGCAGGUUGCAUCACUCAGAUGUACUUUUUUCUGGUUUUUGUGGAGUUGGACAACUUCCUCUUGGCCGUGAUGGCCUAUGACCGGUUCGUGGCCAUCUGCCACCCUCUGCAUUACACUAUCAUCAUGAGCCACCGGCUCUGUGGAUUGCUAGUUCUGGUGUCCUGGAUCAUGAGUGUCUCGCAUGCCUUGUUACAAAGCUUAAUGGUAUUGCGGCUGGCCUUCUGCACAGACUUGGAAAUCCCACAUUUUUUCUGUGAACUGAAUCAGGUGGUCCAGCUCACCUGUUCCGACACCUUUCUUAAUGAUGUGGUCAUGUAUUUCGCCCUUGUGCUGUUGGCUACUGUUCCCCUCUCUGGCAUCCUUUAUUCUUAUUCCAAGAUAGCGUCCUCCAUACGCGCAAUCUCCUCAGCUCAGGGGAAGUACAAGGCGUUUUCCACUUGUGCAUCUCACCUCUCUGUAGUCUCCUUGUUUUACUGCACAGGUCUUGGUGUUUACCUCAGUUCUGCUGCAACCCACAGCUCACACUCCAGUGCAACAGCUUCAGUGAUGUACACUGUGGUCACACCCAUGCUAAACCCUUUCAUCUACAGUCUGCGGAAUAAAGAUGUAAAAAGAGCCCUGAAAAGGGCCUUCGGUGGGAAACUAUGA